GCAUACAGCUGUCAAUGUUUUCUAAACAAAUGUAUUAAAAAUGAAUCUAAGUCGCGCCAUAUACCUUCAUUCGAUGGAAGACUCUGAUGAAGAAGUAGCAGUAAGGCCCCGGAAACCUAGAGUCUACCAAACCAGACCCAACUUUCUUGAGGACAUGGAAGAUGAUGAGUUUGUGUCUAAAUUCCGAGUUUCAAAGGCUACUUGCUCCCUACUUUUGGAAAAAAUAGGAAAGAAGAUGGAGCACCUAACAUCUAGAAACUAUGCCCUGAGUCCAGAUGAAAAACUGCUAUUGGCACUACGAUUCUAUGCCUGUGGAAAUUUUUUAGUGGCCGUUGGUGAUGAGCACAAGAUGAGCACAUCCUCCGCGUGUCGAGCGGUGAAGGAAGUUUCUCUGAACAUAGCAGCGCUGUCCAGAGAAUACAUCAAGUUUGGGGAGCCCGAUGAAGUCGUGGAAGAUUUCCAAAGAAUAUCCAAAUUCCCCAAUGUGAUGGGUGCUGUCGGCUGCACACAUAUUCGGAUUAAAUCCCCAGGUCAAAACCAAGACGAAGAAUUUCGCAACCGAAAAGGCUACUUCUCACUCAAUGUCCAGGCGGUUUCGAAUGCGCAGUUGAUUAUCCAAGAUGUGGUCGCAAGAUGGCCCGGAUCAACCCAUAAUACCACCAUCUUCGACAACAGUCGAUUGAAGCACAGGUGGGAAACCGGUGAAUUCGAAAAUAACUUUCUUUUGGGAAAGGGGUAUGCAUCAAGCAAAUAUAUGAUGACACCCAUCAAAAAUCCUACAACAGAGGCGGAAAAACUUUAUAAUGAGUCCCAGAUCCCAGCCUGCAACACCGUUUCCAGAUGUUUUGAGGUUUGGAAACAACGAUUUCCGGUGCUGUCUUACGGACUGCGAAUCAAUAUUGAUACUGCGAAAGUACUAAUCGUUGCAUGUGCUGUGCUGCACAACAUAGCCAUCCAGGAAAAAGACCCAUUACCGCCAGCUCCUAUCGACCAGGAACUGCCUCUCGACUCGCUUGAGGAUGACGAGGAAUUUGAUGAAGAAGUACAUAUCGUCGAUGGGCUUCAUAGAAACAAUUUAAUUAGUAAAUAUUUUGAGAGGUGAUUAACUAUUAGCAUAGGUUUGGCACAAUCUAUAUACUAAGAAUAAUCUGCGUUAUUCGCUUGGAGAGUCCUGCAAAGUAGUAAUAAUAUAAAGGUAGCAUAUAAUAAUUAAAAUUGUGCAAACGCUUAAUUCCUUACCUUGAGUUUCCUUUUCUUUUCAGCGAUUUCUAAAUAAAGCAACUCGCGUUUCGCA